CAUCUUUAUUGCUUUUUGUUUCCUUAUAAAUAUAUGCUGUUGCCAAACUAGUUCUUGAUCCAUUCAGUUUUUUUCUUUUUAUUGAAAUGUUGUGAUUUGGUUCGGUAGAUGUGUUUUCUUGUUUGUUGUCAGUUGUUGUGUUUAUUUAUAGGAUAUGAUUUUGCAGUUUUCUGUUUAAAAGUUGCUUAAUUAGGGUUGUUUUAAAGUGAAUAUAAGUAAUUACUCUACUAUUUGAUUAACCCAUUUAUUAAUCGGGUCGUGUUUGUGUUAACCCGUGUCCAAGUUUACCUCUUUUAUUAACCGGGUCGCGUUAGCUUACCCGAAACCCGUUUUUUUACUCCGUGUUGUGUUCGGAUCAUGUCAAGAUACAUAAUCAUAUGAUAUGUUUUACUGGGUGCAUAUUUGGAGUUUUGAGGUUAUUAUUCACUCUCGAGUUUAAUAGUUUAUCAAACGUUGGUUAAUGGGGUCGGAAGGGCCUCCGUCAGUAACAUUCCAUGUGACAGGGUUUAAGAAAUUUCAUGGAGUUUCAGACAAUCCCACUGAGACAAUUGUUAGGAAUUUGGAAGAAUAUAUUAAGAAGAAAGGUUCACCAAAGGGUGUGAGUCUUGGUAGUUGCACCAUCCUCGAGACUGCAGGCCAGGGGGCUAUUGUUCCUUUGUAUCAGACGUUACAAUCUGCUACCAGCAAUGACAUCCAACAAUCGGAUUCUUCCAAAAUCAUUCUGUUACAUUUUGGAGUUAAUAGCGGGGCCACAAGAUUUGCUAUUGAGCAGCAGGCUGUAAACGAAGCUACUUUCCGCUGUCCUGAUGAGAUGGGAUGGAAACCUCAGAAAGUGCCUAUUAUUCCUUCAGAUGGUGGGCUUUCAAAAGCAAGAAAGACAUGUCUUCCUGUAGAUGACAUAACCAAAUCAUUGUCCAAUAUGGGUUAUGACGUGGUAAUCUCUGAUGAUGCGGGCCGUUUUGUAUGCAAUUACGUAUACUAUCAUUCCCUGCGGUUUGCAGAGCAAAAUGGGAUAAAGUCCCUGUUUGUACAUGUGCCACUCUUCCAAACAAUCGACAAGGAUACGCAAAUGCAAUUUGCUGCUUCUUUGUUGGAGGUACUUGCUUCUUUAUGUUAGGAACUAUAGUCCACUGUUGUUUGUUUGUCUGUCUGUCUGUCUCUUUCCUUUCGUUCACUGACAUCUCUAAGAGAAGAUUCGCGUUUUAUUUUAAUAAUGGUGUUACAAAGCGUUUCUGCAUAGUUUGCAUGUACUACAUCUGCUUCUUUUGUUGUAUUCAGAAGUUGUGAAUAUAUUAUUUAAGCCGACGUGGUUAAUUAAUGACCUACUUCGGGUUGUUUGCGUA